GUGACGUAGGGCGGUCGCCAUGGUGGUCGGCGCCUUCCCCAUCGCCAAGCUGCUGAUGCUCGGAGUCCGGCAGGUCAGCCGGCCGCUCGCCAACUCCAUCAAGGCGAACGCCCGGAGAAGCCAGUUCUUCAAGCGCUACGUCUGCCUGCCGCCCGCGCAGUUCUAUCACUGGAUUGAAAUGAAGACAAAGAUGAGGAUUAUGGGACUCAAAAGUGGUCAGGUCCAACCCUUAAGUGAGGAGGUGGCGGCGGACCUGGGCGCAGAACUCCUGGGAGAGGCGAUUGUUUUUUUCAUCGGAGGGGCUUGUGUCUUGGCCGAAUACGUAAGGCAGUCGUCCAACAGCGCGAGGAAGGAGGAGGAGCUGAACAGCACGCUGCAGAGCUUGCAGGAGCAGGUCGCCCAUCUCUCCUUGACUGUUGAAGAACUUGAUGCCCGUGUGCGUGAGAACAAUCGCCUUGCUCACUCGCUCCCCCCAGCCUCGAAAUAGCGCUCGGAGCUGAGCUUUGCAAGAGAACAGGGUAAACUCUGUGAAUAGGGUUGUAAUUUGUCCCAAUUCAGACUGCUGCUUAAGUUAAAGAAUCACACUUCCCAAGGGAGUCCUGUUGAACUGGGGUGUGGGGUUACAGGGAGCAGAGAGGUUGGGGCACUGAUGAGUAACUAACUGCCCGCUGUAAAUACAUCAGAUUUUUGACAUUUGUUCAUACGUGUCAAUGCUGUAAAACCCUUUGGCAUUUGUGUACGCACAUGUCUACAUUCAUGGCUGUGUGACCCUUGCGCCAUCGUUACGUGUGUGAAAGAGCAGCAUGUUUGUGCGCCUUGGGUCCCAUUAAUGGAUUUGUCAAUCAUGCAAGUUUAAAUUCUGCUACGUUGAAACUUAGCC